GCCCAAAAACGCGAUCUCUUACGACUCUCUCUCUCUCUCUCUCUCUCUCUCUCUCUUUUUCUCUGUCGGGCGAUCCGCCACUGCAGCUUUCCGCCAUGUUCUUGAAGCUCCUGAUAUGGUUUCUCCUCAUCAGAUAUGCUUCUUCCGAAGGCGACGCCGAUUUCAUUUACAACGGAUUCCAUGGCGCGAACUUGAGCAUGGAUGGCGCGGCAAAGAUCACAUCUGAAGGCGUCCUGCUUCUCACUCAAUCCACACAUCAAAAGGGCCACGCCUUCUACCCUAUUCGCCUUCCCUUCAAACCUUCCAACGGUAAAGUACAAUCUUUCUCUACCAAUUUCGUCUUUGCUAUCGUCCUUCAAUAUCCGAAUGUCAGUAGCUUCGGAGCCGCCUUCGUUAUCUCACCUUCGAAAGAGUUCCCUCAAGGCGAACUCGGCAAUUACUUGGGCAUCUUCAAUCCGAACAACGUCGGCAAUUCGACGAAUCACAUAGCUGCCAUCGAGCUCGAUACGUAUCUUAAUCCAGAAUACGAUGACAUCAAUGACAACCAUAUUGGAAUCGACAUCAAUGGCUUAAAAUCCAUCAGUUCCGCUCCUGCAUCUUACUUUGGUAAUAUGAGCGGUGGGUUUAAGAAUCUAAGCCUUAUAAGCGGAGAACAGAUGCAUCUUUGGGUUGAUUACAAUGGUGAUCAAAACCAACUGAAUGUAACUUUAUCUCCUAUCAACGUACCUAAACCCGAUCGUCCGCUCCUGUCAUCGACGGUGAAUCUUUCUUCGAUCUUGUUAGACGACAUCUAUGUCGGUUUCUCGUCAUCAACCAGAACGGCUCCUGUAUAUCAUUACAUCUUGGGAUGGAGCUUUAAGAUGAACGGUCAAGCUCAGGCCCUUGAUCUCUCACGCCUUCCUAAGCUUCCACGGAUGGGACCCAAAAAGAAAUCGAAGCUUUUAAUAAUUGGGUUACCCGUAAUUGUGGUAUUUUUCACAUUUACGGUCAUCUCAGCCGUCGGUCUCUUUGUGAGAAGCAAGAUCAAGUUCGCUGAAGUACUGGAGGACUGGGAACAUGAAUUCGGGCCUCACCGGUUCUCGUACAAGGAUCUGUUCAUGGCCACCAAAGGUUUCAAAGACAGUGAGCUAUUGGGGGUCGGAGGUUUUGGUAGGGUUUAUCGAGGCGUGUUACCGGUCUCGAGGUUGGAAGUGGCUGUGAAGAGAAUCUCUCAUGAAUCUCGACAAGGUAUGCGGGAAUUCAUAUCGGAGAUUGUGAGCUUGGGCCGUCUCCGUCACCGGAACUUGGUGCAACUUCUCGGCUAUUGCCGGCGAAAGAGAGAGCUCCUGUUGGUCUAUGACUUCAUGCCUAAUGGAAGUCUGGACAGGUUCCUCUUUGAUCAUCCAAACUCAAUGCUGAGCUGGAAUCAACGGUUUCGGAUAAUCAAAGGAGUAGCCUUAGGGCUUCUCUACUUGCAUGAGGAAUGGGAGCAGUUGGUCCUUCAUAGAGACAUCAAAGCCAGUAAUGUUUUAUUAGAUAACGAGAUGAACGGUAGAUUAGGUGAUUUCGGUCUUGCUAGAUUGUAUGAUCAUGGGACCGAUCCACAGACGACCCACAUGGUGGGGACCUUUGGAUAUCUUGCACCGGAGCUGACUAGGAGGGGGAAGGCCACCACAAGCACCGACGUGUUUGCAUUUGGAGCUUUCUUGCUUGAGGUUGCUUGCGGGAGGAGACCCAUCGAUCCUCGGUCGUCGAUGGAAGAGGAGAUGCUAGUUGAAUGGGUGUCGGAAUGCUGGAGGAGAGGAAAGAUUCUGGAGGCUGCAGAUCGGAAAAUGGGACAGGAAUAUAAUGAGGAGCAGAUGGAGUUGGUUUUGAAGCUUGGAUUGCUGUGUUCGCAUCCGGUGGCGGCUGAGAGGCCGAGCAUGCGGCAAGUAAUGCAGUUUUUGGACAGGGACGCAUGUUUACCCGAUCUCUCAUCGGACGGUCUAGGUGCGGCGAUCCUGAGCCAUCAUAAAGGGUCUGAUGAUAUACACUUGUCGUAUCCUUCUUCUUUCGAACUGGGGUUUCCAAACUCAUCAUCGAUCGAAGGAUCGGUCCUCUCCGGUGGCCGUUGAUGGACGGUGCUAAGGAUGUACAUGGUGGUGUGAGUUUGCUAGCAUUGCUAGAA